AUGGCUACCGCCGUCGCAGACCCCCCCAAGAUGGACGAGCAGGUCGAUCUCACCACCAUUCCCGUCGAUCCUGCCGGCAAGGAGGAUUCCUCCGACAUCAAGGACGACAAGCCCGUCACUGUCUUCCACGACAAGGACAACUUCAACGUGAAGCACCCUCUUCAGAACAAGUGGACUCUCUGGUUCACCAAGCCACCCAGUGGAAAGGGCGACAACUGGAACGACCUCCUAAAAGAAGUUAUCACCUUCGAUUCGGUUGAGGAGUUCUGGGGCGUUUACAACAAUGUUGCCCCCGUCUCCGAGCUCUCCCUCAAGUCCGACUACCACCUUUUCAAGGCUGGAGUCCGCCCCGAGUGGGAGGACCCCCAGAACAAGCACGGUGGCAAGUGGUCUUACCAGUACAAGGACAAGCGCAACAUCGAUGUCGACCGUCUCUGGCUCCAGGUCAUGAUGUCCGCCAUUGGCGAGACUCUCGAGGACGAGGAUGAUGGCGAGGUCAUGGGUGUUGUUGUCAAUGUUCGCAAGGCCUUCUUCCGUAUCGGUGUCUGGACUCGCACCAUAGGAAAGAGCAUUCCAGGCCGAGGAGAGGGUGACGUUGCUGGUGGUAAGGGCCGAAGCAGUGAGAAGGGUAAGGACAUUCUCUUGAACAUCGGCAAGAAGUUCAAGGAGGUCCUUGAGCUGCCUCCCUCUGAGCAGGUCGAAUUCUCUGGCCACACCGACAGUGCCCACUCUGGAAGUACAAGAGCCAAGGCGAAGCACGUUGUCUAA